AUUGUUAUCUACCCAUUCGCGAUUUCGCUUUGAAUUUGAUCAACUAAGAUGGCUAAUUGCAAGAUCUCAGUGGCAUUCUCCGUUGUCUCCGUUUUCUUGGUGAUAUGCUUCUUGCCGGCGUCAGUGUUCGGUGGUCGUGCCGCACCGGCGGUCCGGUUCACGGUACAGGGGCGAGUAUUCUGUGACACUUGUCGUGCCGGAUUCGAGACCCCCGCUACCACCUACAUCGAAGGUGCAAAGGUUAAAGUUGAAUGCCGAGAAAAAACUGGUGUUAAAACAUGCAGCUACGAUGGUGUCACCGACAGUAGCGGCACUUUCAACAUUGUCGUUGCAGACGAGCAUGAACAUGAGAUCUGUGAAGCCAUGCUGGUAAGCAGCCCAGAUGUAGGAUGCAAAGCAGAGGUACCCGGCCGUGAGAAGUCCCGCAUCGUCCUCUCCCACAACAAUGGCAUUUCUUCUGAUAUCAGGUUCGCCAAUUCAUUGGGUUACCAGAAGGACACUCCCUUGGCUUUCUGUUCUGAGCUUAUGAAGAUUUAUAGUCAAGAUGAUUAGAUUUCAGUAGUUGGAUGAUAUAGUUAUCUGAAAAUGUGCUUGUUUUCUCUCUUGUUGUUGUAGUUUUUACAUUGGUUCAUAUCUUGGCCAUCUUUGGUGGCUAAUACUUUUAUAUUAUGAGAUUGUUAGCUUAUGAAGAACCUUGAUCUUGAAAGGUCGUUUAACAAUAGUUUUAGUUUUGUGAGGUUUCCAAGUUUCUAAAUAAUACAAUGCUAUUAUUGUGGCCAUAUUAUGUGGCUGGGCA